UUGCCAUAGUAGCACGAAGAUGGUGCAAAAAUGGUCUUUAAAGUUAUCCUGAACGUUAUAAAAGGGUUCAAUAACAGUUGGUGAAUAAACUUCAUUUCCGCUCCGCAGCUGUUUUCAAAUUUAACCUUUGUACGUGAUCGUUCGCGCUCACUGAAAGCGUUUGAUCUCUUAAUUUGAUAGUUCUCGCAGCACGACUUCCUUAAACUGUGAGGAGUCUUUGAGUAUUAGGCCGUGUUAUUAAAACCGUGUCAGUCACCAUGGUUUCUUCCCAUGGCACGAUAAUUAUGUAAAAAUCUACCCGUGAGUACCUGCCCUAAGAUCGUUAAUUAUUCAUUCGAUUCCGAGAGAGUUGCAGAAGGAAUGAAAGGUAGCAAAACAUUGAUAUGAGCUGGAAUAGUUAUUAGCAAGACAACUCGACAUCAUGGGUCAGCAUGGGUGGCGCUGAAAGCUCGAACAAAACAAUGUUUCAAGUAGCUAAACAUUCCCGUUCACCGAAUUCAGAGGAGGAUAGUAACAUGCUGCCUCGCAAAAGUCCCUCACCGAGCCGCAGAAGCUAUACAGACGAUGAAUGCCAUGAUCCUGAGGCAAAACACACUUCUAAGUUUGGGCAUCUGAAGCAAGUCGUCAAUGGCAUUCGACGAAAAGGUGGAAAAAGAGGCUUGGAGACGAAAGCAGAUCUACUGUCUUCUACCGAUCAUGACAGUGGGGAUUCUAGUUUACAUUUUGGAGUACGAGUAGAGGGCAUUGAUGAGCUGAUGUCAAAUACCAAAUUUUCAAGGCAGGAGUUACAAAGAAUGUACAGAGGGUUUAAAAAUGAAUGCCCCAAUGGAACAGUUGACAAAGACACAUUUAAAAAAAUCUAUGCCCAGUUUUUCCCUUAUGGAGAUUCAAGUCUCUAUGCAAAUCAUGUCUUCAAUGUGUUUGACCAUGAUAGAGAUGGAAAAGUUUCUUUUGAGGACUUUGUCACUGGUCUGUCUUUAUCACUUUAUGGCAGUAGAGAGGAAAAAAUGAAAUGGGCAUUCCAGUUGUAUGAUUUGGAUGGCGAUGGCUGUAUAACAAGAGAGGAGAUGGCUACAGUAGUUCACUCAGUUCACUGUAUGAUGGGGCUUGAUUCACUGCCAGCAACAGCUGGAACAGAGAUGAGUGUUGAGGAACAAGUGAAUAGACUCUUUAUGUUGAUGGACACGAAUAACGAUGGUGUUAUAUCUGAAGAGGAAUUCUUAGAGGGGUGUGAAAAGGUUAGAAAACUGAAGGAUAAGUUCUGUAACUAUUUAAAAAUCUAGUGAAGUCAAAUGUUGUGCUUGUGAGGGAAAAUUGUAUUUUUUUCAGUAUUUCAAUGCAUGAAGGCACUUCGCAUUCUUUAACUGAUUGUGCUGUAUUGAUGUAACUCUACAUGUACCAGUGCUAUGAAACCGAAUGAUUCUGCUGUGGUCACCUUUGUAAUUAAUUAAGCCUGGCCAAUCUUUAAACAGGUAUCCCCUCUGUGUGAUUGUGCAUAGAUACCUGAACUGAUGUAAAACUUGAGAAUACAUGUAUCUCAUUUUAUAGGCUUGUAGCUAAUGAUGUAAAACUCAAAAUAAAUUAAGAUGUUUAU